GCAGCGGAAGGGUCGAGUAGGAGGCGACCCUAGGGGAAGUGAUUGCCGACAACGGCUCAGCGCCGCGUGCGGGCCUCUGCGAUGCGCGAGCGACGAUAAAUGCGGGCGAGGAGGCAGACGAUACUCAAUUGUCUGCUUAGUCUGCCGAUCCUUUGCUCGUCCUCCGUUCUCUAGAACCCUCUAACGAUCAAAGAAUCCCGCAUUUCGGUACUAAGAAGCGGCGAGUGUGUUGGGUGCUGCUCGGCGGAUCGAGCGCACGCGAAAUAGUCGAGGAGUAUCGCAGCGGCUCCUAUUCGGCCUCUCCAACACCCGCAUUCCACCGCACCCACUGCGUCGCGACCGCAGCCGCUGCGUGUGAAUCAGACGGGGCCAGGGCAGUCUGCGGAGGCGAAGCCGAGCAGGGGGAAGCGAGCGACACAGAGCGCGAGGCGGCGAUGGCUGACGUGUCGAGCGCGGCGGUGGGGCACGAUGCGGUGGGCGAGCCGGGCGAGUCGAUGCGCGGCGUGACGGGGCGCGAACCCAUCUUCGCGCGCGACGUGGGGCUGGACGAGGGCGACUCGCUCUUCGCGCUGCCCGUCGACUCGGAGCACAAGGCCAAGCAGUUCAAACUCUUCAGCGCGUCUCGGCCGCACAUGCGCGCGUUCCACCUGUCGUGGCUCGCCUUCUUCCUCUCCUUCUGCUCCGCCUUCGCCGCCCCCCCCCUGCUGCCGGUGAUUCGCGACAACCUGGACCUCACCAAGGCGCAGAUCGCCAACGCCGGCAUCGCCGCUGUCGUCGGCGCCGUCGUCAGCCGCCUCGUCAUGGGCACGGUGUGCGACGUGGUGGGGCCGCGCUACGGCACGUCGUUCCUGCUCAUCGCCACGGUGCCGUGCGUGGCGGCCAUGGCGGCCGUCACGGACGCCGCGGGGUUCAUCACCUGCCGCUUUUUCAUCGGCUUCGUGCUCGCCACCUUCGUCUCCUGCCAGUACUGGAUGUCGUCCAUGUUCAACUCGCGCAUCGUGGGGCUGGCCAACGGCACGGCGGCAGGGUGGGGCAACCUGGGAGGGGGCGCCAUCCAGCUGAUCAUGCCGCUGCUCUUCUCGCUCAUCACGGACGUCAUCCACGUGCCUGCCUUCACCGCCUGGCGCCUCUCCUUCUUCGUGCCCGCCACCGCGCAGACAGCCAUGGGGCUGCUCGUGCUGCUGCUGGGGCAGGAUUACCCGGACGGCCAAUUCCUGGACCUGGCCAAGAAGGGGGUCAAGAAGGUGGACACGCCACUCAACGUGCUGCGCACCGCGUGCACCAACUACCGCACGUGGGUUUUCGUGCUCACGUACGGCUACUGCUUUGGCGUGGAGCUGACAGUGGACAACGUGAUCGCCGAGUACUUCUACGACCGCUUCAACCUCAACCUCAACACCGCGGGGCUCAUCGCCGCGUCCUUCGGCCUCAUGAACAUUUUCUCCCGCCCCUCCGGCGGCAUCCUCUCCGACGUCGCUGCCCGCUGGUUCGGCAUGCGCGGGCGGCUCUGGAACCUCUGGGUGCUGCAGACGCUGGGCGGCGUGUUUUGUCUGACGCUAGGGUACAUGAACGAGCUGUGGUCGUCCGUGCUGGUGAUGCUCGUCUUCUCCUACUUCUGCCAGGCCGCCUGUGGCGCUACCUUCGGCAUCAUCCCCUUCGUGUCGCACCGUGCGCUGGGCAUCGUGUCGGGGUUCACAGGGGCGGGUGGCAACGUGGGGUCGGCCAUCACGCAGGCCAUCUUCUUCAAGGGCGCGUACAGCACGGAGCAGGGGCUGGCGUGGAUGGGCGUGAUGAUCAUGGCGUGCACGCUGCCCGUGGCUGCCGUCUACUUCCCCCAGUGGGGCUCCAUGCUCACCGCGCCCUCGUCCAAGCCAUCGGCCACGGAGGAGGCGUACUACACAGGGGAGUACUCAGAGAAGGAGCAGGCCAGGGACAUGCACUCGAGCGGACUCAAGUUCGCCGAGAAUGCCAAAUCCGAGAGGGGGCAGACUGUGCCGGUGUCCGAGGAGCUGCCACGAUGAGACAGGCAGGCAUGCAGGCAGGGAGCUGGCAGGCAGGCAGGCAGGCAGGCAGGCAGGCAGGCUGGCAAGCGGCAGCGGAGGGGGCAUCUGUGAUGGUGGCAGUGGCAGGAGCAUACACAACCAGGGGCUGUGUAAAUGCAGUGGACACUCUGAGGCUCAGGCUAUAAGUUGGUCGCUUUCUGUUAUCAUGUAAUAUAUACAUUCAAUGCUAAGUAUUGAUCAAUUUCAAAAGCUGUA